GCUGAAUUUUAGUGAAUUUUUAGUGAAAUUUAAUGAUAAGAUACAGGAUGUGCAUUCUGAAACUCAGCUUGAAUCUAGUUUCCAGUCCUCGCAAGAAGUUAACGAAUUGUCACAACUGAGUCGUACGUCAUCCAAGUUUAGUGCGGAAAUAUUUACACUAAAGCAAUUAUUCCUUUUGCAAUCUCGCAGUUGAUGAUCUUUUUAUGGGUUUGACGGAAAAGUUUUGUUUUUCAGGUAUUAAAGAAGAUGAUGGUACAAAUGGUUUACCUGGAUCGCCUGGCAUUCAGGGAGAAACUGGAGUGAAGGGAUUUCCUGGACCAUCGGGACAAAAAGGUGUACAGGGUGAAAUGGGGCCGAAGGGAUAUCACGGAAACAAUGGGAUUCCAGGAGACAAUGGUCUACCUGGAUCACCUGGUGAUAGAGGGGAACUUGGCGAAAAAAGAGAGAAUGGUGACGCUGGUCUAAAUGGAGUUCCUGGAAGAGCCGGUGAACCGGGAAAUCCGGGUGAUGAAGGAUUGCCUGGGAAAAAGGGAAAUCCGGGAUUUACAGGAGCAAUGGGACCUCCAGGACCAUCUGGACCUCCUUGGCCAACUGGAUUACCAGGAGAAAAGGGAGAUCGUGGUCCACAAGACAUGUUUGGAAGCCGCGGAGAACCGGGCGCGCAAGGAGUUAAAGGUUCUCCUGGAACUAAGGGUCCAAAAGGACCAAUCGGCGAACCGGGUGCUGGAGCUCCUGUAUCUUUGAAAGGUGAACUUGGCUCUAAGGGUACAAAGGGGACAAAAGGAGACAGUGGUCCUGUUGGAAUCCGUGGAAUCCCCGGACAACAGGGUGAUCCUGGAGAAAAAGGAAGAAGAGGUUCGCGUGGAGAGCCUGGGGAGAGGGGUGAUCAAGGUGAACUGGGACAGAAAGGAGAACGGGGAAGCACUGGAGAUCCUGGCGAGCCGGGUAAUAAAGGAGAGAAAGGUUUUGGUGGUGUAAUUGGAACAGAGGGUAAUCCGGGAUCUCAAGGACCUCAGGGUGCAAAUGGGACAGUUGGUAUUCCGGGUGAACAAGGAAACAAUGGUGAAAAAGGUGAAAAAGGUUCACCAGGGGAUAUAGGUACUCCUGGAGAAAAGGGGGAUAAUAGCGACACUCCUGGACCAAAGGAAUUGCCGGGUAAAGAUGGUCCCCCAGGUUUACCAGGAAAUACUGGAGGAGUUAGUUUAUCUAUCUUGAAAGGACAGAAGGGCAAAGUAUUUCAUUGCUUCUCCAAAUCUUCUGAGAGUGGGUGUAGAAGAGACUGUUUCUAUAUCCGUUUUUGAUGUAAACGGAGAAGUGGACAUUCAGCUCUCCCUGCAGGAUUUUCCACUACGAAGAAGAACUUUUUCGGUUGUGUCACAAAAAGUUAGAAAAGAACGCCCUGCACUUAUGAAAGUUAAAGUGACAGCCAAAGAUCUUAAUGAUCAGAAAUCAUCUGACAAGCAAUACGUUUACCUCAAAGCUAGCUCUAAUACCCCAGGAUUUCAAUUCAACAACGAAAUCAAAAUACUUGUCAGUUAUAGAAAUGCCAUGGUUUUCAUUCAAACUGAUAAACCGAUCUAUAAUCCAGGACAAGUUGGUAUGUUGUAAUAGCUUAAAACACACAAAAACUUGAUCGAUACAAACUAAUAACAAUAACGGAUUCUAAGUAAUUUCAAU